UGAAAGCUGCAUGAGUGACUGUGAGAAGACCUGAAGGACAGAGAUGUGUGUUCGGGCUGUGAUGUGUGUGUUGUGGGCAGCGUGUGUGUGUCAGACUGCAGGAAGACAUCCCAACAUCAUCAUCAUGCUCAUGGAUGAUAUGGGAUGGGGUGAUUUGGGAGUUUUUGGCGAGCCGUCCAAGGAAACUCCAAACUUGGAUCUGAUGGCCGCUCAGGGGAUGCUGUUUCCAAACUUCUACACCGCCAACCCUCUGUGUUCCCCCUCCAGGGCCGCUCUGCUCACGGGAAGACUUCCUGUGCGGAAUGGAUUCUACACCACCAAUGCUCAUGCUAGGAACGCAUACACACCUCAGGAGAUAGUGGGGGGAAUAUCUCAGGACGAGAUCCUGCUUCCAGAACUGCUGAAAAAGAAAGACUAUAUCAGCAAGAUCGUCGGCAAGUGGCACCUUGGGCACAGAACUCAAUACUUGCCUCUGAAGCAUGGCUUUGACGAAUGGUUUGGUGCUCCCAACUGCCAUUUCGGCCCUUACAAUGACAGCUCCCGUCCCAAUAUACCCGUCUACAACAACUCUGAAAUGAAGGGAAGGUAUUACGAAGACUUUGAGAUUAAUGUGAAAACAGGGGAAUCCAACCUCACCCAAAUCUAUCUGGAGGAAGGCUUGAAGUUUAUCUCUCAGCAAGCCACGGCCCAGCAGCCCUUCUUUCUCUACUGGGCUCCAGAUGCAACUCACGCGCCUGUCUACGCCUCAAAACACUUCCUGGGAAAGAGUCAGAGGGGGCGUUAUGGCGAUGCAGUGAUGGAGCUGGAUUACAGCGUUGGCCAGAUUCUGGCUCGACUGGUCAGUCUGGGCAUCCACAAAAACACAUUGGUGUUCUUUACCUCGGAUAAUGGGGCAGCAGUGAUGUCUGGACCACAACAAAGCGGCAGCAACGGUCCGUUCCUCUGCGGGAAGGAGACUACAUUUGAAGGUGGGAUGAGGGAACCAGCCAUUGCCUGGUGGCCUGGACGGAUCCCUGCUGGCACAGUGAGUCUUCAGUUGGGCAGCGUGAUGGAUCUCUUCAGCACGAGUCUUUCUGUGGCGGGCGUUCUUCCCCCUGAUGACCGUGUCAUUGAUGGUCUCGAUUUAAGCCCUGCACUCUUCAACGGCUCACUGCAGGACAGACCCAUCUUCUAUUAUCGUGGCAACCAGAUGAUGGCAGUGCGGAUCGGGCAAUACAAGGCGCACUAUUGGACUUGGAGCAACUCGUGGGAGGAAUUCAACAUGGGAAUAAACUUCUGCCCGGGUCAGGAGGUUCCUGGUGUCACCACACACACUCAAGAGGAACACGCCCUGCUGCCGCUCAUCUUCCACCUGGGACGGGACCCCGGGGAGAGAUACCCAAUCAGUGUCCAGUCGAAGGAGUACACGGAUGUUCUCCGUCAGGUGACCGCAGUCGUGCAGCAGCAUCAGGGCGCUCUGAUCCCUGGAGCGCCGCAGCUCAACAUGUGUGAUCUGGCCGUGAUGAACUGGAGUCCUGCUGGCUGUGAGCGGCUGGGCAAAUGUCUUAAAGGGCCGGAGUCAAAGCCAUGGAAGUGUGAUUGGCCACAUUAAUCACCGAGACCUUCCAUAAAGACAUCUCUCGCAAAUCAGAUUCUAUUUUAAAAUGAUAUUUGUAUAUUCUGUGCGUUUCAUUCAGUGUUUUACACGGAAAAGGGAAGUAAAAUCCUUUCACAUUUUGAUGUUUCCUUUUUAUAAUAUUUUGUGUCUAUGAUGAUUGUUAUGCAUUUAGAAGUUAAUCAGGGCUGAAUGUGUGCAGGUCAUUUGAGAAUAUUAUUGUUCAUAAACAUCUACUGACAGAGAUUAACACAAUUACCCAAACACACUAUCAUCCUUAAAUAUAUUUAUUUUAGUUAAAGCAUAAAUUUGAUUGCACAUGAUUGUAAAAUUGUAAAAGAGUUAUUGUGACUUUUGCAAUGCUUUUAAAUCAGUGUCAACUCUUACUUGAAUUUUUUUCUUGAGGGGCAAUAAAAUAUUUUUUUAAAACUUG